AUGGCAAAAUGCCGAAUGCUAGCUGUUGUGUGUUAUUUGUUUAUAUCUGUGAUUUCUGCAUCGGACGAUUUAAAUAGUAACUAUCAAUAUCCCCAAAAUGAAGAAGAGACAAAGAAGGCAGAUGAAGAAGAAGGAAGUCGGGACUCCGAUCUGUCGGAUGAAGAACGUUACUUUUGCCCUACACCUGUUCCACCCGCUCAUGCAACUAUCAUAGGAACAGAUUACGAGAUGGGGUCAUAUAUAAUAGUCCAAUGCGAUCCUGGGUAUUACCUCACAGGGAUGAUGAAGGUGUACUGUGUGGCAUUACCGAAUCCUUGGAAAAAAAUGGCAGGGUGGGAUAAUGUUGUUGGGCAAAACCCAGAAUGCCAUCCAACAGGCACUGAUCAACCAACAAGUAAAGACAAAUCUAUAAGGAAGACGCCGCUAACCCGGAAUAGCCGCUCACCAGAAUUUCUGGUAGACAUGGGUGAACCAAAAGGAAUCAAAGACGACUACGCUGACUUAUUCGAGGAAGAACCUGAAAGAGGAGCAGUAUUCACCAAGGAAACCAAACUUAUCUAUGCUACAGAACUGAAGACUCGCAAGAAUAACAAAAUGGACGACUUCGUCAUCACACCACUGAACAAAAAGCCACACAAUUUUCACAUCAAGAAAGGGAAAGCAGAAUGCACACUGGAAAAAAUCACCGGACCAUGCAGAUCCAGAAAGAUCAGAUACUUUUACAAUACCGAAACUGAAGAGUGUGAGGAAUUUAUAUAUGGUGGCUGCCGCGGAAACGAAAACAACUUUCUUUCGAAGGAGGACUGUGAGAAAGUAUGCGCGAAGUAA